AUGCGCAGGGACUCGCUAGGGCCCGGUGCCGGGCCAGGAGUUGGCAGCAGCAGCCUUUCUCCUACUUUACUGUGCCUAGUGAGAACACCACCCUGUUCUCAGAAUGGAGCCUAUGUACCAAGCAUCAGGGUGCAGUGGGCAUCAUCCUCUUCUAAGCCAGGGCAACCAGUGUCUGACUCUAGUGAGGGACAGAUCUACCUCAGCAACAGCUGUGUGAAGAGGCUGCUGGGGAUUAUAGAAGGGUCUGAGUUUCUCAGGCUGCAGGUGGAGGGAGGUGGCUGCUCUGGAUUCCAGUACAAGUUUUCCUUGGACACAGUUAUCAAUCCUGAUGACAGGUUGUUUGAACAAGGUGGUGCUCGUGUUGUUGUGGAUGUGGACAGCCUGGCCUUUGUGAAAGGUGCAAUGGUGGAUUUCAGCCAGGAGCUAAUCCGCAACUCAUUCCAGGUGGUGAGCAAUCCACAGGCUGAGAAGGGCUGCUCGUGUGGAACAUCCUUCUCUGUCAGACUCUGAGUGGACUCCUCCUUGGGUGUUGCUUGGGUGGACAUUGAGCCAGAGACUGUCCUCAGCAUUGUCUCCAAGGGUUUCUCAUUUUGCUAUUUUCUCAGCUUCCCCAGUUGUCCUCCUCAAUCUGUUAUACAGUUACUGCAAAUAUCCCCGUUUGCCUAUUUGAACUGAGUCUGCAGCCAAGACCUAUAGGGCUCUCCCUCCAAGGGUUUGAAAUAGGCUUUAAAUCCCACACAAAAGCAUCUUCUGUCCUCUAUGAAGCUCCAGGAACUGCUGAAUAUAAUGAGUGGACGAACAUCCCUUA